AUCAUGUUUAACAACAGACUCUGACAUUUAUUAACAGAACUGAAAUACGGAAAGUCAUCAUUGCAUUUCACGAGAAACAGCUGCUCUCAUUUGAUUUCUGAAUGGGUUUACUGAAUGCAAGUCAGCUUGCAGUCAGAGCCGCCAGAUGCUGCCUGAGCCCCCUUUCAACAUCAAAAUCAUGGCUUUCCACCAAAACCACCCCCCUGGGAGACAAGAACAUCCUGCUCAUGGGCCCUCCUGGAGCAGGGAAGACCACAGUGGGGAAGAUAGUGGCCCACAAACUCGGCCUGCCGGUCGUAGACGUUGACGAUGACGUCUUGGAGACGGCAUGGAAGAUGCCCGUGGCUGCCAAGCUGGCAGCCGUCGGUGGAAAGCGUUUCUUGGAGGAAGAAGGUCAGGCUUUGUGCAACUUCUCUGCUUCUGGGUGUGUUGUUUCUCUGACAGGCUCGAACCCUCUCCACGCUGAGGCGAUGCAGCACGUCAAGCAAGGCGGGCUGGUCGUCUACCUGGACGUGGACAGCGAGGACAUCAUACAGAGACUCACCAGGAUGAAGGUGAACAGGAUAGUGGGCCAGGAGGCCGGGGUCUCCAUGAGCGACAUCCUGCGUUACAGGAAACAGUUCUAUGAGAAAUGGCUCGAUGUUCGGGUUCUGUGUGGGACGGGAGACACAGUGGAGGAGGUAGCUGAGAAGGUGUUGAAAGCUGUGAGGAGAUAUCAGAACCAUGAUGAGGAAACCUUUGUAUCAACCAGGUGUGAUGGCGCAGGACGGUCCGAUCAGAAAACCUACUUCAGUGAUGUGGUUGUUGAGGGUCUGGCUGCAGACGGAGGCCUCUAUGUUCCCAGAAAUGGCUUCCCAAAGAUUGAUGCACGUGAAUGGUUGAGAUUAGCUUCCAUGUCAUACCAGGAACGAGCUUUAGUUUUACUGGAAAAGUGCAUCCACCCGCUGGACGUCUCCGCUUUGGAUCUCAGAGCGAUGAUAUUCAAGGCGUACGGGUCAAACUUUUCUAGUGAGGCCAUCGCUCCUGUAAAACACCUCACCCACAAUCAGUACGUUCAGGAGCUUUUUCACGGCCCCACCGCCUCAUUUAAGGACCUGGCCUUGCAGCUGAUGCCGCAGCUCUUCGCCUACUGCCUCCCGCCCAUGUGCAACUACCUCAUCCUGGUCGCCACGUCUGGAGACACUGGCAGCGCCGUCCUCAGCGGCUUCAGCAGGCUGAGCGGCGUUGACAGAAACCGGACGGGUGUGCUGGUGUUUUUCCCGGAGGAGGGAGUGAGCGAGAUUCAGAAGCUCCAGAUGACGAGCUACAGGGAGGGAAACGCCCGGGCCGUCAGCGUCCUGUCAGACUUCGACUUCUGCCAGAGAACCAUCAAGAGGAUGUUUGGAGAGUCGGGGCUGACCGGGCAUCUCGCUGUGGAGUACGGCACCGUCCUCAGCACCGCCAACUCCAUCAACUGGGCACGACUGCUGCCACAGGUGGUCUACCAUUCCUCAGCCUAUCUGGAUCUGUGCAGAGACGGUGUUAUCAAGUUCGGGGAGCCCGUUGAUGUUUGUAUCCCUACUGGCAACUUUGGCAACGCCAUGUCAGCUGUGUACGCCAAGCAAAUGGGCAUCCCGAUAAGGAAAGUCAUCUGUGCGUCCAACCACAACUGCGUCGUCGCCGACUUUAUCAACACAGGCGAAUACGAUCUGCGGGGACGGCCUCUGAUGCCGUCCCACUCCCCGGCUAUAGAUAUCCUGAAAUCCUCCAACCUGGAGAGGUUUAUCUACCACGUCUCAGACGGAGACAGCCGCCUUGUCAAGGACCUGUUCGCGCGCCUAGACGGGCAGCAGCACUUUCAGGUUCCUCAGUCUCUCGUUGGCAGGAUGCAGCAGGAAGUGCAGGCCGGCUGGUGCUCCGAGGACGACUGCCUGGCCGCCAUCCAGAGCGUUGGCGCGCAGACGGGCUACGUCAUGGACACGCACACCGGCGUGGCGAAAGUCGUGGCCGACAGGCUGCAGGACGGCUCGUGCCCCGUGGUGCUUUGUUCCACCGCUCACUACGGGAAAUUCGCUCCCGCUGUGUUCAAAGCUUUACAAAUCCACAAUAUUCCAGAGGAUCCUGUUGAGCAGCUGAAGAAGCUGCAAGUCGCCGCAUCCAGACCAGAAACACACGGAGAGAUGAUGAGAUGCCUGAAGGAAAGUGUCAGGAGGCGACACACUGUUUGUCCGGCAGAUUACAGUGUGUUGGUAGAGGAGGUGGAGAGCAUGAUACAGGACUCCUUCUUGAAAGUAAUGUAGAAUCAUUCUGGCUUUGUCACCAUCAUUUCAGCCAGAAUCUCCAAAACAUAAUCCUUAUGUGCCUUGUUUGCACUGCGCACACCAAUGAAUGUAAUUUUUUAAGCAAAUUCAACAAAAAACACAACUAAAAAAGAUGAAAAACAUAAAAGAAAAGUACCACACUAUAAGGAAGCGUCAUUUUUCAAUUGCUUUAAAGCUGUAAUUUUAAAGGCCCAACCUUACCUGAGAGUUCAGGAUUGAGAAAAAUGAGCACAGUCAUUCUGAUUGUGCAGUACCAGAGCUUUUAACUGUUUUAUGACCGAUUCUUUACGUCAUUAUCCGGAGACCUGGCCCACUAGAUGGGGGUGUCUACCUCUUGACCAGUGGCUGCUGUGUGGAAAACACACGUGGCAGCAUUUCAUUGUCGCUGUUUGAGUACAACAGGAAAUUACCUGUGAGGUUUGCAUCCAGUAAUUCCUACACGAGGCUGGAAAAGUUUCCGUAAUCCUCCUAUCAGUGUCCAUUGACUUAUUAACCAGGUGUCUAUCAGAUCGAAAGUGCUGUAUUCCUAUAAUAAAAAUCCCUUCAAACACA